AUGAACAAUCCUACCGAGUCAUCCAACAAGAAGAAGCGUGCCAAUCCGCAGGCCUCUGACGCUGCUGAUGAGGCCGUCGAAGGUGGUUCUGGCGACGGUACUGCCGCCGGUGCUGCUUCCAAUGGCGCGUCUUCGGCUUCGUCAUCAAACUUUCGCAAUGUCAGCGCGUGCAAUCGAUGCCGUCUGAGAAAGAACCGCUGUGACCAGAAGUUGCCAGCGUGCACGAGUUGCGAAAAGGCCAAUGUCAAGUAUGUAUGCUGUUCGAUUUCGAAGUGA